GGCUCUUCGCGUUCCUCGUUCGCCAAAGCUCCCUAACAUUUCUCGCACUUAUUUCUUCUAAAGAUGUCUGAACACGACUCGGAUCCACUUGAUUUCCCAAGCUCCGAUGCUGGAGAUGCUGAGAUGCAAGUGGAGGAGUCCUUUCCCGACGCACCUCCACAACUCGGACAAGAACAACCGCUUUUCCUCGCUGGAACUCCCUCUGCUGCAGGCACGCCGGCUCGUAGUAGACAUGACUUAUCCUCUGAUGCCGCAAUGCCUAUGACGCAUGGUUUCAUGGCGAGAAGGGCUGUCGGGAUGAAUACUGCGACUCCGAAGAGGAGGAGAGAUCAGACACCUCUUUUUGCACCUGGUGAGUAUAUUUUCGUGUUGAAUGAGCUUGGACGCGUUUUUCUACUCGAGACGCCAUAUUCCGUGGAAGCUCUUCUCCCAUAUCGUUUCCAUUUUCUUCACCAAGUAAAACACCUAGAAGGUCACAUAUACCCAGUUCGGAUGCUCCAGAUUCUGAGCUAGAAUUCCCCCAAACGCCUCAGGCUCCCAGAACGCCAAAGAACAGACGUGGUGACAUCCACUCUUCUUUGAGUAUAACGCCAGUCCGACGUCCUAGACGAGCUGGCGGUGGUCAACCUAAUGAUGGCCUCAACUCUGACGGUACUCAUCUCUCUCUGCCUCCGUCUUCAGCACCAAAUCUUUCGAACCCAUCUGAGCCCGAUGACGAGCCCGAUGAAAUUCGCGCCAUUUGGGGUACGACUGUCAACCUGGGUGAGACAAUGAAGACAUUCCGAGAGUUCUUGCGCGGAUUCAAGAUCAAAUAUCGCGUCGCGUACGAUCGUGAACGAGGACUUCGCACUCGGACACUUUCUUCUCCGGAGGAAGGCGAACUCGUUUUGUAUGAGACUUACCUGCGCCGGAUGAGACAAACUGGAGAAUCUAACUUGAAUCUGGAUAUGAACAACCUUGCUGCCUUCCCUCCGAGUAGGAAGCUGCAUACACAAUUGUCGAAGUAUCCGCAGGAAGUCAUACCUGCUAUGGAUCAAGUCCUCAAGGAUUUGAUGCUGGAGGUUGCUGAGGAGGAUCGAGAAGCCGGUGUAGAUGGUAUGACUGGUCCUGAAGGCGAAGCUGAGAUUGCGGAGAUCUUGGACAAGGUCUUCAAGAUUCGACCAUUUGGCUUGCCCUCCAUUAACAUGCGUGAUCUGAAUCCUACAGAUACGGACAAGCUCGUCUGCAUCAAAGGUCUUGUCAUCCGUGCUACCCCAGUUAUACCUGACAUGAAAGUUGCAUUCUUCCGAUGCCUCAGUUGUAACCAUACCCAACAGGUCGAAAUUGAUCGAGGCAAGAUUGACGAGCCUGCUCGUUGUGAGCGAGAUGUCUGCAGUGCCGUCGGCACCAUGUCUCUCGUGCACAAUCGUUGCGAGUUCGCAGACAGACAAGUCAUUCGUUUGCAGGAAACACCGGAUGCAGUACCAGAUGGUCAAACACCUCAUACCGUCUCUUUGAGCGUGUACGACGAACUCGUCGACGUGUCCAAACCGGGAGACAGACUCGUCGCGACAGGCAUCUACCGAAGUGUGCCCGUUCGCAUCAAUCCUCGCCAACGUACCCUCAAGAGUCUCUUCAAGACUUUCCUAGAUGUCGUCCACAUUCGUCUAGGUACUGAUGACCAACUCGGUUUCGACAAAAGCACCAGACCCGCUGGUGGAGACCGGAUUCCUGGUGUUGGCGGAGUCGGAGGAUUCGAGGACGAGGAAGACGAUAAUGCUGCUGAUCGUGAACAGAGGUUGACGAAGCAGGCUCAAAUAGAGGCCAAGUUGAAGGACCUCAGUCGACGGCCGGAUAUCUAUGAACUCCUUGCACGCUCACUUGCUCCAUCUAUUUGGGCAUUGGAGGAUGUCAAGAAAGGUAUCUUGUUGCAGUUGUUUGGCGGUACGAAUAAGAGCAUUGCUAGAGGUGGAGGUGCUGGUGGACCCAGGUAUCGAGGUGAUAUCAAUGUUUUGCUCGUUGGUGACCCUGGUGUGUCCAAGUCUCAGAUUCUUCAGUAUGUGCACAAGAUCGCACCGCGUGGAGUGUACACGUCAGGCAAGGGAUCUUCUGCUGUAGGUUUGACUGCGUAUGUCACUCGGGACCCCGACUCCAAGCAACUUGUAUUGGAGAGUGGUGCUUUGGUUCUUAGUGAUGGAGGUGUCUGCUGUAUUGAUGAGUUCGACAAAAUGUCCGAUGCGACGCGUAGCGUGCUUCAUGAAGUCAUGGAACAACAAACUGUCUCCAUAGCCAAGGCCGGCAUUAUUACAACCCUAAAUGCCCGAACCUCCAUCCUCGCUGCUGCCAACCCUAUCGGCUCCAAGUACGACCGUGCCCAAACCGUAACCAAGAAUAUCGACCUCCCGCCAACCCUCAUUUCCCGAUUCGAUCUCCUCUAUCUCGUUCUCGACCAAGUGGACGAAGCUCUUGACCGACGGCUCGCUCAACAUCUCGUUGGUCUCUAUCUCGAAGAUGCGCCCCUGCAUGGUAGCGGACAAGAUAUAGUCCCUCUAGACGAACUCGCUGCGUACAUUACAUACGCUCGUUCGAAGAUCAACCCUAUAAUCACAGAAGCAGCUGGAGAGGAACUCGUCAAGUCAUAUGUCAUUCUUCGCAAAGCGGGAGAAGACCCAAGGUCGAACGAGAAACGUAUCACGGCGACCACUCGACAACUCGAGAGUAUGAUUCGUCUCUCGGAAGCCCAUGCACGAAUGCGAUUCUCUCAGUUGGUUGAGCUGGAGGACGUGCAAGAGUCGUUCAGGUUGAUGCGCGAGGCGAUUAAUACCGGCGCGCGAGACCCUACUACUGGGGAGAUCGAUAUGGGUCUAUUGGAUACUGGUAUUGGUCGGGCGCAAAGGAGGAUGAGGAGCGAUAUGAGGAAGGAAGUGUUGAGUCUGCUUGAGGGUGGAGGAGGCAACCGAGGUGUCAGAUGGGCGGAUGCUUACAAGAAACUGGAGGGUCAGAGUAGCAUCAAGGUCACUCCGACCGACUUCCAGGAGGUCAUUAGGGAGCUGGAACAGGAAGGCAUGGUCAAAGUCGUUGGUGAACGAGAGAGGAGGAUGAUCAGACGUGUGGAAGGCUGAUAGAGUCAUUAUCUACGUAUUACACUACUGGCUUCGUUCCGGGUUUGCCUCCCAUAUGUCGGUUCUUUCAAAGUUUCAAGUUGUAAUUCUACUACCCAUAACCAUAAGACUGUAUUGAUUUCUAAGCUAUUAAAAGUCAGGUAUCGCG